GUGCUCUCGCGUACUCUGUGAAAAUCACCGGAAGGAACCGCUUUUCGCCUCGCUCCUCGACCAUUUUCCAUUCAAAGAGGCUCUCCUUCCUCUUCUUGUAACCUCCGCUUCCCUUCUUCUCCUCUUCUCCCACGAUGCAAGUCGUUCUCGGAUCCUUGUUCCUUCUCCUCCUCUCUACCUCUCACGGAUGGCAAAUCAGGGAUAGGAUCGGGGAUAACGAGUUGGAGGAACGGAUAAUAUAUCCAGGAACGUUAUGGUGCGGGCAUGGUAACAAGUCGUCCGGCCCGAACGAGCUAGGUCGGUUCAAGCACACGGAUGCAUGCUGUCGAACCCACGACAUGUGCCCGGACGUGAUGUCAGCUGGUGAAUCGAAGCACGGCCUGACCAACACGGCCUCCCACACCAGGUUGUCGUGCGACUGCGACGACAAGUUCUAUGAUUGUCUUAAAAAUUCGGCGGACACGAUUAGCUCGUAUUUCGUAGGGAAGAUGUACUUCAAUCUGAUAGACACGAAGUGUUACAAACUGGAGCAUCCUGUCACCGGGUGCGGUGAGAGAACCGAGGGUCGUUGUCUUCACUACACCGUGGACAAAAGCAAACCGAAAGUGUACCAAUGGUUCGAUCUUCGCAAGUAUUGAUAAAAUUCACGGGGCGGAUCUUGAGAGUACCACUUCGAGAUCGUUUAUUUA